AUGGACGGGCCCAUUUGGCGGCUCCGCGCCCCCCGGAGGAGAGACACAAAGCCCAGGCACGUGCGCCUCCCCAUAGAGGAGCAGCAGACCGUGAAGGGAGGCGGGGCCGGGCGUGUGCCUGGGCCGGGCGGGGCGAUAGCCAAGGCCCCGGGCGCCAAGAAGCCCAAAGCCAUCCGCAAGCUGCACUUCGAGGACGAGGUGACCACGUCGCCUGUGCUGGGGCUCAAGAUCAAGGAGGGCCCGGUGGAGGCGCCGCGGGGCCGGGCUGGGGGCGCAGCGCGGCCGUUGGGCGAGUUCAUCUGCCAGCUAUGCAAGGAGGAGUACGCCGACCCGUUCGCGCUGGCGCAGCACAAGUGCUCGCGCAUCGUGCGCGUGGAGUACCGCUGCCCCGAGUGCGCCAAGGUGUUCAGCUGCCCCGCCAACCUGGCCUCGCACCGCCGCUGGCACAAACCGCGGCCUGCGCCCGCCGCCACCCGCGCGUCCGAGCCUGAAACCGCCGCCAGGGCUGAGGCGCGGGAGGCGACAGGCGGCGGCAGCGACCGCGACACUCCGAGCCCUGGCGGCGUGUCCGAAUCGGGCUCCGAGGACGGGCUCUACGAGUGCCACCACUGCGCCAAGAAGUUCCGCCGCCAGGCCUAUCUGCGCAAGCACCUGCUGGCGCACCACCAGGCGCUACAGGCCAAGGGCGCGCCGCCGGCGCCUCCGGCCGAGGACCUACUGGCCUUGUACCCUGGGCCCGACGAGAAGGCACCCCAGGAGGCGGCCGGCGAUGGCGAGGCGUCCGGAGUGCUGGGCCUGAGUGCGUCCGCCGAGUGCCACCUGUGCCCAGUGUGCGGGGAGACGUUCCCCAGCAAGGGCGCCCAGGAGCGCCACCUGCGCCUACUGCACGCCGCCCAGGUGUUCCCCUGCAAGUACUGCCCGGCCACCUUCUACAGCUCACCUGGUCUCACGCGGCACAUCAACAAGUGCCACCCGUCCGAGAACAGACAGGUGAUCCUCCUGCAGGUGCCCGUGCGUCCGGCCUGCUAGAGCGCGCCAUCCAUCCCGGCCCCCUGAACUGUGCCUUCUCUUGGAGACCCACGAGGAGAGCGCGCCUUGCGCGCCCUGAACCCGCGUCCGCGCCGGGGGCGCCCACUCCCGGUCAAAGUGUUGUCUCCGCUUCUCUCGGUGUGGCGUGACGGUAACCCUAAUCCUCUCGUUGUGACUCCUUUCGGACCCCCCCCCCCUUUUGCGUUGUGUCCCCUUCCCCUUCUUGGCGCAACAGGAGCCAAUCUCUUUCUGUACAAGAGAGAAAAGCUGUACGCGUUUGUCUCGUGGUUGGAAGCUUCCCCUUGGAGGGGAGAGCUGUUUUUCUUGCUAGUAUUCGCUGUGUUUAUGGUCUAGAAAUGCGGUUUGCUCUCGCCUACCAAUCUCUGCUCUCUAUGUAUGUAGCGUACGGGUUGUUUUGGGUGAAUCUUGAGGAAUAAAUGCCUUUAUAUUUCACAGGCUGUAAAUCGAACUUCCCACACGAUUAGCUUUAUUAUGGCUUGUGAACUGCUGGAGUCUGGCUUUACCUUUUUGUAUGUGAACAAAUCAAAUUGCUUAAAAAAGAGUUUUCUUUAGUAUAGCCACAAAUGCCUUGAACUGUUGUCUCUUUGGGAUUGUUUUGGGGGAGGGAAGGGAAUUUUCAGAAAAUGCUGUAGAAACUGCCUCAAUACUUCUCGUAAGACUGUUUGGUUUGAUCAUGUUUGUUGAGGUAGGGCUAUAUGAGUUUUCUCUAAAUGUAUAUGUUGAUUUAUGAGUAAUUGUUAUUUAUUCUUUAUUUAUUUAUAUUAAUUAUGAAGAUUAUGCUAUUAUUUGAUUGCAGAUUUUUUUUGGGUAUGCUUUCUCCCCACCCUUGCCACUCUUGACAUUUCACUGUGCAUUUUAGAAGAGAGCCUUUUUCUAAAAGGAUCUGUUAAAAGUUUUAACUUUUAUACCUAUCUGAGCGAAUUACCGACAACCUACCAUUUUAUUCUGCUUGGAGGGCUCCUGAGGCCCUUGUACAACCGACAGCUCUUACUUUUAAAUGCAAUCUCUUUUCUACAUACAUUAUUUUCUUAAUUGUUAGCUAUUUAUAGAAAGCUUCAAUAGAACUGUUUCAACUGUAUAACUAUUUACUAUUCAAAUAAAAAUAUUUUCAAAGUCAAA